AGCAUUAUUGUUAUUAUUAUCAGGACCGGGGUUGACCUUUAACUCACAAAAGCAUUAGUAUAGUAGUAACACACAUUUCACUUGCUAUAUUCCUUUUCGCCACUUUCCUAGCAAUGUCCAGCUCCGGCGACUUGCGUCAUUUUCCGGCGAAUACAAUUACCUCAUCCUCACUUCUCACCGCCGAUCCAAGCAUCCCACUCCUCAAUCUCGCCGCCGUACAAACACGAAUCGACGCCGUCCGUACAAUUCUCUCCAAUUCACUUCAAACUCAAACCCUAAUCGGAAAAGUUCAACUGCAAUCAAUCUCCGACGAAAUCACAGGUUCGAUUCAGCAGAUCGUAGUCAACGGCACCGCCUUGAUCUCCUCUUCCAUUCCCCCAACUUCUCCAGCACGACCUGACCCGACCCUUAUGUUCUUGGACCCGGAGCUACAAUCCAGGUCAGAUAUUAAACCCGAUAUUAAAUUGGAUACUGUUAGUGAUGAUUGGGAAACAAUUGAGUUAGGUUCUGAAGAAUUACUAGCUGAAUUUGCGCAUUUUUGUGAUGUUUGUGGGAAAGGAUUUAAGCGCGAUGCGAAUUUACGAAUGCAUAUGAGGGCUCAUGGGAAUGAGUUCAAGACUCUGGAAGCUUUAGCUAAGCCGGAGAAGGGUUUGAAUUUUGGGGUUAAGAAGAUUAGGUUUUCGUGUCCGAUGAUCGGUUGUAAUAGGAAUAAGUGUCAUGAUAAGUUUAAGGCGUUGAAAACGGUUGUUUGUGUGAAGAAUCAUUUUAAGAGGAGUCAUUGUCCGAAAUCGUAUGUGUGUAGUAGGUGUAAUAAGAAGAGUUUUUCUGUGAUGUCGGAUUUGAGGAAUCAUUUGAAGCAUUGCGGGGAGGUUAAGUGGAAGUGUACGUGUGGGACAAGUUUUUCGAGGAAAGAUAAGUUGUUUGGACAUAUGGCUUUGUUUGAGGGGCAUAUGCCUGCGAUUAUGGAGGAUGAAGAGAAGGGAAAAGAGGUUGUGGAAGAAAAAGAUUCAGGGGUUAAUGUUUCAGAGAAUAGGAAGUUUGAGGGGUUGAUCGGAGAGUAUGGUUCGAUUGAGGAGUUUUGCUUGGACGAUAUGCUGAAUACUUCUAAUGAUUGUAGUUUGGUUACUCAGAUGGAUGGGUUUUUCGACUUUUAAAUAUGAGCAGAGCAGGUAUAUUCAUGUAUGUGUUUUGGUCGAUAUAUUCUUGUUUUAAAUUUCCAGUUGAAGUAAGAUUGCCAGAUCUUUUGCUAUAGUUUAUGCCUGGAGCUAUUGUGCUAUUGUUGUUACUAAUAGGAGAUAUUCAUUGUAGAUCAUCAUUGUGGCUAGUUUUCUCUUACAUUUUACUUGGUUGAGAUUUGAGUUAGAUAUUGGUUUGUUCAAUAUAAUGUGGUUUCUAUGAAGCAGAACAGAAUCAACGUAUUGGUAUUGGCUUA